CCAAAAAUAUUUAUGUUUACUGUCAAUUGACGAUUUUACCGCCACUUUUGUAUGUUUGUUCAUAGAUGCAGUCUCUUUCCUCGCUUGCUACGGUCCUUCGUGAGCUUAGGCAACGAUUUUCCGAAAAAUUCGCGGUACUCCCGUCCUCGCCUCCUCUCGCAGGCAAACGGGAUGAGUUUCCAGGAAUACUUGACCUCCUUGAGAAAACUGGACAUCAAAGGCACUGACAGUCAACGGAAGCUCCAUGUCGUCUUAGGCAAUGAGUCUUGCGACCUGGACUCUGCGGUCUGCUCCUUGGUUACUGGAUACUAUCUUUCAAAGACGAAUAAUUCUACCGUGUUGCCUGUAUUGAGCGUCCCUCGAUGUGACUUCUGCCUGAAGACCGAGGUCCGGUGCCUUCUAGAGGAAGUCGCCAUCAGCUCAGACUCCUUGAUUUUCCUCGAUGACAUCGAUCUCGCGGAUCUCCAACGACGGAACCUGCUCGAAUUGACGCUCGUCGAUCACAACGUGCUUCCUCAUUUUUUGAAAUCGUUGGAGGGAGCGGUCGUACGAAUAAUUGACCAUCACAAAUGGGAACGAGAAAACUCCCGAGGAAUCGAGAAAAUUUGGGCGAUGACCGGUUCGUGCGCAACGUUAGUCGGCGAGCGAAUGAUCUCCCAUGGGAAAGAUAUUUUGACGCCAAUUGUGGCGAGAUUGCUCCAGGCCGCCAUCAUUGUCGAUACCGUGAAUUUUUCGGAGUCAGCGAAGAAAACCACCCCACAAGACACCGCGGUCUUUAACGAGCUGCGGUCCACUUUCACGCCUGAAGUCGACUGGAGCGCUGCUUUCGAGAGGUUGAAAAGAGCCAAAGAGGACAUAAGCGCCUUGAGCGUUUGUCAUCUCCUAAGGAAAGACCUUAAAAUUGUUAGAGAGAAGAUCAGUAUAGCGAUUUCGUCUGUGCCCGCCGCUCUCGACGAGUUCCUAGCCCUGCCGAACCUCGACGAAGAGCUCGAAUGCUUCCGAAAGCGCGAAAAUGUUCACUCUGUCGUUGUUAUGAUAAGCAAAUGCUAUGGCGAUGAGCUCCGACGAUGGUUGGUCAUUCUAGGGAAUGAUACGCGUUUGACAGACACCGUCGUGGAAAAACUCAAAAUGUUCACAAGUCCUUCACUUCGAUUGGAAGCUAUCGACACUUCGACAGGCCCCUCCCGUCGUGGCCCUUUUCCCAUUUCCGUCCUCCGUCAAAACAACGCUGAAUGUUCGAGAAAAGUCGUUCUUCCAAUUCUGAGGGAACUCGCUGCAAAUCAUUCCUGAGACAUGGGACUUGUGCCUCGAAUAAAUCACGGUGGCGGAA